AUUUCGCUGCAAACAAAUUUUCGACGUCCACAUUUUUGUUUUAAUUUUGCAGGGGCGUGCUUGCGAAAACACCCACCGUGUCUGUAUUGACAUUUCACUUCAAAUCAGCUGUUGCUCUGCAAUUGACGUAAGGAACCAACAGUUGCCAAAAAUCGAAAAUUUGUUUGCGGCUUGUUAAAAGCGCGCGCAGUUUUUGUUUCCAAAUAAACCGAGCUUUGUGUAUAAUUCUCCAAUAUUUAUUUGGUACUCAGUUUUUGACCAGUGUUUUGAUUUAAAUCGUCAUUUUGGCAAUUAUUUUUCAGUCCGAAAUUGCUAUAACAACCCCGCAAAAUUGUGGAACAGCAACGUGCAAUUUUAAUCCAUUUUUGAUGUAUAUAAAUGCAUUUUUAAAGCAACCUUAUUUACGUUUGUUAUUUUGUAAACGUGUGCUUUGUUAUAGUUUUUUUUUUUUAAUUUCCAAUGGAUCCAAAUAAUAUGCUAUUCCGUUUGGAAGACCUCACAUAUGACAGGGUAUUGAGCGAGUACGGUAUAACUGAAGAACUAAGAAAUGAAAAUCCCGGUUUAUAUAAACAAUUUGUGGAGGAUUUCAUUCCCACACGUGAAGAUGUCGAGCGUCAAAUUGAUGAAGCAAGUCUAAAGGAGUUAUGUACACGUUUGCCUUGUCGUGUUUUAAUGCAUCGUUGGAAUCCAGUACAUGACUUUAUUGACCAGUUUACACGCCAAGGGCGUAUACAACGUUGGACACCAGAGAAAACGGAAAAGCUUUUAGCAAAAGCAGUAAAUCGCUAUAAAAAUGAAUGCCUCUAUAGUGAUGAUGAAAUACGCAAGCAACGUGAAAGGGAAUGGUGUGAAAGAAAAAAAGAAAAUUUAAUGCGUCUACAGGUUUGGGAAUACGAUCGAAAUCAACAGGAGCAAAAUCAUGGACAACAACAACAGGGCAAUUUAAGUCAUUUAGAAGAUGUCGAAGACGAUAAUACCAUUCAAAGCGAAGAAAUGGAAAUGCUAACAGUAGAAGAAGAACCGAUACAAAUCGAAGAAUCGGAGAUUACAUCAACACCUUCGGACUUACCAAUACCGCCCUUAAGUCAAAGUAAUCACUUCAACUCAGCAGACUUUAGGUUGAAUCCACCAAAUUCCUUACCAACUACUCAAAAUACCGAAGAGCUUGCAGGCAGAGAAUAUAUAGAGAUGGUGCAAAAAUUAAAUACAAAUUCUGGACCUUAUUUAAUUGAUUAUAUCAAUGUCAAUACUGAGUCGAUGCCAUUUGACGAAUCAACGACAGUUUCGGAAGAUUUAAUUGCCGAGGAGUGCACACCCCCGUAUUAUGAAUUCAAUACACACAUAUCUAUGACUUCAACUCAAUCGCCGACCGCCAAAUACAUUUAAAGUUGAGUGCCAAACAAAAGUUGUGUUUAUUGAGCUGCUCUAGGUUAAAGCAUAAACAGACGGCAGCGUUGAUCCGGAUCAACUCGGGGAAUUAACUGCGGUUGAUCCGAAUUAACCCGGAUCAACGCUGCCGUCUGUUUGAGCUUUUACGCAUCGUAAAUGGGGAGCGAAAAAACCGCCUAAGGCAAAGAACAUAGUGGUGCGACAAAGAGAGCGACAAGACAUUUUCGGAUAAUAGGUUAAUUCCUUAUCUUUUCGGACUAAAAUCUGAAAAGUGUCAAAAUGCAAGAGCGUAAGCGAAAUGCGCCCACUAAAAGAGAAUAACAGGAAAAA